AAAGAAUUGCAUCUUUCAAUCUAAAGUGAGGUAACUCUGACUCUUUGUUUUCAAAGAUCCUUGAUUAAAUUUGUGUUCAACUUUGUUAUGAUUGCAGUUUAUUUAUUAUUCAGUGGCACAUAAUUUAAAUUACGGUAUUACAGAUAAACCAUUUCGCCUUGGACUGAACCCUCUUAAAAUUCGGCUUCAACAGUGUUAAGGGACAACAUAAAUUCAUACCCACGGAGUCUCAUUUUAAGAGGGUUGAUUUCAAUCGCCAGAACCAGAUCAUGCGCCCAAGUUUUAAUCACUGACAGUCUGACAAAAAUACCUUUUGUUUUUUUAAAGAUCGUAAUUAUUUCCAUCAACUGUUUCUUUCCAAGUUAUGGUUCAUUUUGUGAUUCAAUCAAAAUUGCAUUUGUAUUUUGAUUGCCAUCUUGCUACUGAAAUCUGACCAGACUCAUCUUUAAGUCUUGAAUAUCUGGAUUCAAGUUUUUAAUUUUGUGUUUUUAAAAUUCAUAACAUUGUAAAAUCAUAUUCAUCAUCAGUGUAAAAACUAAAAGUGAACGGCAUCAUGGAGAGUGAACAAGCACCAGACAAGGAAAGAUUUGCCCGAGAAAAUCACAGUGAAAUUGAACGUAGACGUCGAAAUAAAAUGACUGCUUACAUUACUGAAUUAUCUGACAUGGUUCCAACUUGCAGUACAUUGGCAAGAAAACCAGAUAAAUUGACCAUCCUUAGAAUGGCUGUUAAUCACAUGAAAUCAUUACGAGGUACAGGUAAUACUAGUAAUGAUGGUACAUACAAGCCUUCAUUUCUCACGGAUCAAGAACUUAAACAUCUUAUUUUAGAGGCAGCUGAUGGUUUUUUGUUCGUCGUUUCUUGUGAUACAGGCCGAAUAAUCUACGUCUCUGAUUCAGUCACACCGGUUUUAAAUCAUUCGCAAUCAGAUUUUUUCAACUCUUGUAUAUAUGAUCUUGUUCACCCUGAAGAUCGUGAAAAAGUCCAAGAGCAACUUUCGACCUCAGAAUCUCCCAACUCAGCAAGAAUUUUAGACCUCAAAACCGGAACUGUUAAAAAGGAUGGAAGUCAAAAUUUAUCACGAAUGUCGAUGGGAUCUAGAAGAGCAUUUAUUUUUCGAAUGAAAGUUGGAAAUAUUCAACCUGAUGCCUUAUCUCCUGGUCAUAUCCAUCGUAUACGUCAAAGAAACAGUUUGGGUCCUUCAAAUGAUGGCAAUGCCUAUACUGUUGUUCAUUGUACCGGUUAUAUUAAGAAUUGGCCUCCAGCUGGUGUUCCAAUUGAAAGAGGUUUAGACGGAGAAGAUGGUCAUCAUGGCUCUCAUUUUUGUUUGGUAGCCAUUGGCAGACUUCAAGUUACUAGUACUCCAGAUACCAGUGAUCUAAUGGGAUCCAAUUCAAAUGCGGAAUUCAUUACUCGCCACAGUAUGGAUGGGAAAUUCACAUUUGUUGAUCAGAGAGUUGGUGCUCUUCUCGGUUAUCAACCACAAGAACUUCUUGGUAAAUCUUGCUUCGACUUCAUUCACCCAGAGAAUCAGAAUCAGAUGAAAGAUGCUUUUGAACAAGUAUUAAAACUCAAAGGACAAACAUUCAUGACAAUGUACCGAUUUCGUGCAAAAAAUUGUGACUGGGUUUGGUUUCGAACAUCAAGUUUUGCUUUCAUCAAUCCAUACUCGCAAGAAGUUGAAUACAUUGUUUGUACUAAUGUAUUAGCAAAAAGUCACAAUCAAGUUGGUCACGUUACACAGCAAGAUCAUCAAAAUUCGUCUGCUGACAACUCAAUGACGCACAAUUAUCAAACUCAUUCCAUUCAAGGAAACACUGGCUUAGUUUCUACUAAUCAACAACCUAAGUCCGAAGGUUUAGACUACAGCUCACAACGUUCAGAUGUUUACUCAUCAAUGAUUCAACAAACACGACCUCAUUUACAUGGACAAAACAUUGCUAAUGAUCGUCGACCUCCGCCAACUGCUGGUCAAAUUUACGGCUCAUAUGAUCAAUCUGCGAAUCCAAUGAGUUAUACUCCGAACAGCAGUGCAUCAUCAGUUCAACCUCAAGCUAAUAUGGGUGCUACAAAUACACUAUCUCAAAUGAAUAAGAAUUCCAGCUCCAGAAAUUCUCCAUCACCACCAAUGACUGCCUGGGCUCCAAGGCCCAUUCAAAGGUCUGACGGCUACAAUCAAGCGUAUAAUCAAAUCAGCCCACCUUCAAGGAGUCCAUCAGGGCCAACUUACACGCAGCUCAAUAGUGCAGUUGGAAAUAGAGGUAUGUGGGGACAAUGGCAAGGAACUGCUACACCAGAAACUCCAGUCUCAUCUGCACCCUCCGCUCAACAAACAGGACCACCUAAUCAUCCUCAAAAUCAUGUAAAUUCUAAUGCAUCCGGUCCUCAUCCACCUCAACAAGAAUUAUCAGACAUGUUACAAAUGCUUGGACAAACGGAACCAACCUCAUUUGAAGAUUUAUCAAUGUUUAAUACAUUCACAGAAUGAAGAACAGAAGAACAAGACAAAAAGUUCCCCGAAAAUAGGAUUUUAACUGAAUCAGUCAAACCUCUCAGAACUAGACUGGAUGGGAAUCACUCGAAACCUAUUUAAACUCAUAAUGAGAAUAAAUAUCUUUAUAACGAGAGAAAAGUUUCAUUGAAACUUUUUGAAAGUGAAGAUUGGGAAAUUGUAAAAUUUUGAGAAACUUAUUCUAGCUUGAAAAACUUUUGUAAAAAAAUAUCUCAAUUCAAUCAAUAAUCAAUUGCCUUUUAUACUA